AUGGAUUCAAGACAGUUCCCAUCACGACAAAAGAUAUCGUAUUAUGGUCAAAACCAUUAUAAUACCUUGCCAACAAAUAGACUACCACCAGUCCAAGAAUGUUCUUAUUAUAAAGAAAGAUACUAUAAACCUGAGGUAUACCCACCAUAUAGACCAAUAUCAAUGAUAGGAUUAUCUAACAUACCAAAUAAUACAACAAUAAGAAGAAAUGGAAAUAUAUAUAAAAAAUUUAGUGGUAUGGAUAAUCAUAGAUCUAAUAAUAGAGGACCACCACCAUCAUAUUAUCAAACAAUAUUAAAUAAAGAAAGAUCACAAAAAAGUUAUUCUGUCUUUAGCAACAUGAUCUCCUCAUCACAAUCACUAGCUGACAUUCAUUUAGCUUCAAUUGCUCCAAAUAUACCUAAUCAUUAUCAAUAUCUUGAAAGAACAUAUAAUCCAGUAAUAAUUGCUGCUGCUAGGAAGCAUAAUAUGCCAAUCAAUUCACAUUAUCCAUCAUCAUCUACACAUUUCCCAGUCUUCUGUCCAUCCUCAUCAACAACUACAAAUUUUAAUGAUGAAAAAUCUUUCGUCAAUGGUCAAAAGUAUAUCCAUCGCCGUAAUAGUCUUGCUGAAGCGUAUGAUAACGCCAUCCAACUGCCAGAGUUGUCACUAUAUGAAAAAACUCCCAGUACACUUAAUUUAUCAACAAAAAUUAUAAAGGAAUCAACAACACCACCCAAUAAAAUAUAUAAACAAAGUGUUUUUUUUAAUACAUCAACAUCAUCAUCUCCUUUAUCAUCAUCUGGAAUUGAAAGUAAUUUGGAAGAUUUUAAUUCAAAUUCAAAAGUAAAUAUAUCACAGGAUACUAGAAAACAAACUUCUGAACAAACAGAAACAUCUGUUAUUUUACAAUCUAAUCAAACUAUAUGUGAAUCACCAGUAGAAGCAUAUAAAAUGCGUAUGUUAAGAAGGAGAGCACAUAAUUGUAGUAAAAAUCAACAUCUUCCCAGAGAUGAAUCAUGUGGAGCAAUAAAUAGAAUAAAAGCAGAAGCUUCAUCAUCAAUAAUAUUAAAAAUGGAUAAUAAUAAUUGUAUACAAAAUAAUUCAAAUGUAAUGAGAUCGCAAACACAAAAAAUACGUGAGAGACGAUCUAGAUCACAACCACUCUUUCAACAAAAUGUAAAAGCUUAUGAAUCUGAUGAGGAAGAUAAUAAUAAUUUAUCAACAUCACAUGUAUCAAGAGCCAUCAGACACUCAAUUGAUUCUGAAGGUUAUGGUUCUGGAACCAAUUCAACAGUAUCUUCUGGUAUUGUUGAUGAAUCAUAUCUUAUGCAGGCAGAGGCUGUCUGGGAUCAUAUAGCAGCACAACCAGAUGAAUUACCAUUUAAUGUUGGUGAUUUAAUAACUGUAUUAGAUUGUAAUCCAACACUACCAGAACAUAAUGGAUUUUGGUAUGGUGUUUCAAAAAAUAGAACUGGGUGGUUUCCAAGUAGUUAUGUACGUGUUAAAAAUGGAACAGAAUCAUUAAAAUUUAUUGAUUGUGGUGGGGAACAAGAUGAUUUUCCUCAAUCCAUGAGAUAUCAAAGAAGAAAAAUAAUAGAAGAAUUACUUAAAACUGAAAAAGAUUAUGUAAAAUUAUUACAAAAUAUUGUUUUUGGUUUUCUUGAUCAAUGUAGAAGAAGAUCAGAAAUGUUUAGUAAAGAAAGAAUAUCAAAAAUAUUUGGAAAUAUUGAACAGAUAUGUUUAUUACACUGUAAAUUAUUAAAAGAUUUAGAAAGUUGUAUUGAUCAUAAACAACCAGAAAAUUCCUGUAUUUCUAAGGCAUUUUUAAAAAAUUGUAGAAAUUUUACCAUAUAUUCAGAGUAUUGUAAUAAUAGACCAGUAAGUUGUGCUGAGUUAGUCUCACUGGAACAAAAUAAACAAUACCAUCAAUUUUUUGAAGCAUGUCGUUUAUUACGUGGUAUGUGUAAUUUACCACUUGAAGGAUUUUUACUUACUCCUGUUCAAAGAAUAUGUCGUUAUCCUCUUCAAUUAUUAGAAUUAAUAAAAUCAACACCAAAUAGUCAUCCAGAUAAUGAAAAUUUAGAAAAAGCUCAUAAAACUAUGAGAGCUGUAGCAUCACAUAUAAAUGAUUCACAGAGGCGUAUUGAUGGAAUACAAAAAAUUAUUAUGUGGCAACGUAAUGUUAUUGGUUUUCGUGGACCAGAUUUAAUUGAAAAUAAUCAAAAAAUGAUGAAAAGUGGUGAAUUACAAUGUAGAGCUGUACAUAAAAAUUCUAUUCAAUGGAAUAAAACUGUAAAUGUAUUUAUGUUUGAUCAAAGUAUUGUUAUUUGUAAAAAAGAUGUACUUAAAAAAGGUGCUUUAAUUUUUAAAGAAAGAAUGAGUAUGCAAAAUAUAUUAGUUCAUGAUUUACCUGAUGGAAAAGAUUCUGUAUUGGGAUGUAAUUUAAAAAAUGCUUUCAAACUUUCAAGUCCAAAUAGAGAAUAUUAUUUUAAUUGUUCUGAUGGAGAAACAAAAAAAUUAUGGUUAGAAGCAAUUAAUUCUAGACCUGAUCCAAUGCCUCCAAGUAAUACAGAGAGACGUCUUGCAUUAGUUUCAUUGGUAUAUUAA